UCUGUUUCAAGGAGUUUAUGAACAUUUGUAAUUCUUUUAAAAUCUGUAUUUGGUAAAGUGGAGCCAACAUAAUAGUGGAGUCUGAAGCUUUUGGUCUAAGCUUGCCUGUGCCCUUGGAUAAUGUUCGUUCAGUCUUCAGAAAAGCCGUUAGAGAAGUUGUAGCCGGCUAAGCAAUUAAGAUGCUGAAUUCUGUAGCUAGAGUUGGACUCGAACGAUGCCUAUCAACAUGGAGUUUUGGAAGCCGACAAAAUUUAAGGAUGAAAUUAUGUCCCAUCAUUAGACAUGGAACUACUUUGAUUAACCAGAAAACAGGAGCCUCCUCCUCUUUGUAUUUCUCUGCCUCAAGACGGGUAAAAACUCUUCAAAAGGAUCACAUAUUUUAUUCCACAAAAGAUGCUUUAAACAAAGAACCAAAAAGAUGUUUUUGUUCAAAAGAAGCAGAUGACACCUCAGCAGCUGCAGCCAAGCAGGCACUUGGUAAAAUUGCAGGCAAACUCCAUCUUGCGUUCACAUGUAAAGUAUGUGGGAUGCGUACAGCGAGGAGCAUCUCCAAGCACGCCUAUGAGAAGGGCGUGGUCAUCGUCAAGUGUAACGGAUGCGAUAAUAAUCAUCUCAUUGCUGAUAACCUGGACUGGUUCAAAGGAGCAAAAGGGGCGGGAAGGAAUAUAGAAGAAAUCAUGGCUGCGAAAGGUGAGGAGGUACGAUCUCAGCUUACAGAGGAUGACAUAUUGGAAAUUUCAAGCCUUGAUAACGAUGCUCAAACUGAUGAAAAGACAUGAUAUUCAGACUGUUUGCAUCACUCACCUGAAGCAAGUUUACAGGUUUACAAACAGAAGGACACAACUUGCUUUGGGAUCAUUUUGAGAUAUUAGUAUCAAAAUAUCAGUAAUCCUUGCAGACUCUGAAAACCAUUUAAUGCAAUUCAUGAUUGCCUGUAAAGCUAAAGCCAGGGUAAUGAUAUAUGCUAUUAAGCAUGUUGGUAUUAUUAUUUCAGUUUUGGAUUUACUCUGUAGAAAAUCGUCCAACCUCACUUUUCCCAAAAUGGCAGUUUAUGUGAUACUUCAAACAUUAUUUACUUUUCUCCUUAUUUUUGAAGUUCUUGCUUAGUUUCUUUUACAUUCAAUCAAGUACUAGUGUUGGUUAAUGUUGAUCAAUUUUGAAGAGUCAUACCAUGCGAGUUAAAAAAGAGGAACCUCUCAAUAUCUCAUGAAAACAUAAUAAUUAUAUAUGGCCGGAAUUCAAAUAUCUCCCAAACAUUUUGAGUGGUACGGUAUGUCUUCACACUUGGGAUAUAAAAUCAGUAAAUAUUCUCAUUGAAACUUUUGAUUUGCACCAAAGUAAGGCAUGACUGCAAUUAAUGAAUCCAGGGGCCUGUAACACAAAGCUUAGCGAUGAUCUAGAACAU